AAUACUUUAUUCGAGUCUAUACGAGUACACGCCGCUACACGGAAGGGUGUCAAAUAAAUACAGGUUGAAAUAUAUCCGCUGUCGUGUUCUGUGAUCCCGCUAUAUACGUGCCGGUUGAAGAAUGAAUUUUUGUUUGGUUUUCGUUCUAUGCUUUUUCGUGUGUUGCUCAGGAAUGUUAUACAGAAGGGAUGCCGACAAUGUUUUAAAACCGGAUCUCCAGCCUGUAUCUUCGACGGUAGUCCCGCUCUCGUUCUACUCGGUGUUCGGCUACGAGAAGAAAAUGUAUCGGGACAAACACAAGAAAAGGCCGCAGGGGAAAAUCGCGCUAGUCACCAAAAUGCCUAAAUAAAGAAACUACAAAUAACAAUGCUUACCGUCAAUAUUUACCCUUGUGCGUUGUGCGUCUCUAUUUACAUUAAUCAUUAGCGCACCCCGGGCCAGAUGUGGUCAAGCGAAAAUAAGACGCAGGUAGCUUGUAUUUUUUUUACAAAACUAUCAAUUUCGGGGUUAUUGUAGUUAAGAGCAAUUCCUAGCUGAGCAACUUUUCAAAUCCCGAAUUUUAAAGCUGCGGUGGGUGCUGCUGCGUGCGAAAAGGACAAUUGCAGCUCGGACUAAAAUUCCCACGCAAAUAACUCAAAAAUCGAGGUUUCUCUCUCGACUGUUUCCUCCUCCAAAACACAACCAAUCAUUAUGAAAUUUUGGAAACUGCAAGAAGAAAUAAUCUAUGCCGCUAUGUUUUGAGUUUUUGGAUAUUUGUUGUCAUAUUUGUAUACUGCGCUUUUUUUAGCUGCCAAUUCAAUUGAGCCGUUUACCGAUUUUUGAAGCGAUGUAAGUUUCGUCAAAAUUAAAUAAUCCAAAAAAGGAAAACAUAGCGGCACAGAUAUUGAUGAUAUUGAUCUUAUUUGAAAAGGAAGCAGUCAAGAGUGUUUGUAUGGAAAAAUUGCAACUAGGAAUUCCUCUUAAAAACUGAUACCAAUUAGGUGAACUCUUCUAGUUUUAAGUUGUAUAACUUUCAGCUAAGCUGAAGCUGGUUACCAGUAUAUAGGUCUGUCUGUUACCUUUCCACGGCCUUAUUAUUGAACCGACUUUGAUGAAAAUAUGGCCUUGGGGUCCACCUUAAGCCCCACCCUAGGGCACCCCAAGGGUGCCUAUGUCCACAUAGGCUACCUUAUUUUAUGAAAAUAAAAAGAAUGAGGGGACAUAACCGAUUGCUUCAUAGGCUACAGUUACCGCUUACCGUCGGGCGGGAUGUGUGCUUUGCAACCAAAGUUGCAUACUUAAUGAUAUCGUCAAUAAACAGAUAUUACUUUUGCGAAGCACUUGUCAAAUUGUCACAGGUAAUUGUCAGUAAUUCUUGACAUUGUGAUGUUAUUAUCUAGUGUAAAGAGGGGUAAGCAAUAAUGUGCCUUCUGUAGUUGCAUUAAGGUGCAUCGAUUUUAGUCGCUAGAAAUGGUUACUUAUUUGAGCCUGCUUGACAUCUGCUCGGAUGGUCCAGUGGUGCGAGGGCUUGACUAACAAGCUCGAGGCACCCAGUUCAAUCCCCGCAGUGGGCUAACUUUUUCCAUGUUAAUUUGUUAAUUUGUAGAUUUAGAAUAUUGGUUGCGGUCAUGACGAGAAAUCAACAAAAAUAAAAUUGAACAAACACUUGAGCUCGUGACGGCGACUCGGGUAAACCUUGGAGGAUUUAAAACUGGAGACGCCUUGACUGUAAUUUUCUGUACAAAACAGUCUGCCAAUGUUUGCGGGGGAGUGGCACGUCUAAUGUAUGGCUAUUUCUACAUAACGUACAAAUAGCCAUGUCAUAUAAACGUCAGUCCAUACAAUACAUAUGACCAUCGGCCGAGCUUUUCGACAGAGGGGUAAGCUCUUAAAGGCGUCUCCAGUUGUUAAAUCCUCCAAGGGGUAAACAUCCUCCGCUGUUCUUGUGAAAUGUGAUAUGGAAUAUUUAUUAUACCGAAAUUGUUUAUAUGUGCAAUCAGGAAAUCCAACCAGCUGGAGUGAUACUCUUUUGUUAAUAUUGUGUGUGCCGUGUCAACCACACUAAGGGGUGAGUUCUAAGUUAUAACAAAAACAAUCAAUAAGAAGUUAAUGUUUUUCAAUCAAACACACAAUAAGAAGUUAAUGUAAUUUUCAUAAAGUAACGUAAAAUAACGUAAAGUAUAUUUGUUUUAGCUUAACGAAACUUUUAGUGUACGGUGAAUAUUGAUAUUUGAUGAUUGGGCUAGCUAAAAGGACAGGCAGUAAACGCUCCUGGCAUCCAACUAAUUUUAGAAUAGUUAAGUUUAAUUGUACAUAGAGGGUAAUAAACGUAGUUUUAGCA